UGUCAAAGAGAAGAAUAAUCAUCAGCCCAAUGGUCAUCAAGGAUACAGGUUCUGCUGGUUUUAUCUAGAUGGGUGAAAAGGUUAACAGCCCAGAAGGGGAGCUCCUUGGGUUUUCAAGAUGGCAGCGACUAGUGGCGAGAGCCAGCUGCAGCGGAUUGUCAGAGACUUGCAAGAUGCUGUGACUGAAUUAAGUAAAGAAUUUAAAGAAGGAGGAGAACCGAUCACAGAUGACAGUGGCAACUUGCAAAAAUUCUCCUACAAGCUUGAGUAUCUUCUACAGUUUGACCUGAAAGAAAAAAACACGUUGCUAGGGAACAGAAAAGACUACUGGGAUUAUUUCUGCGACUGUCUUGCAAAAGUCAAAGGAGCUAAUGAUGGAAUCCGCUUUGUCAAGUCUAUUACAGAACUACGAACAUCUCUUGGAAAAGGAAGAGCAUUUCUUCGUUACUCCCUGGUUCACCAAAGGCUUGCAGACACCUUGCAGCAAUGUUUUAUGAACACGAAGGUGACCAGUGACUGGUACUAUGCAAGAAGUCCAUUUCUGAAUUCCAAAAUGAGUUCUGACAUUGUGGGUCACCUCUAUGAGCUCACUGAUGUUCAGUUUGACUUGGCAUCAAGAGGCUAUGAUUUAGAUGCUGCUUGGCCAGUAUUUGCCAGGAGGACACUGUCAUCACUUGGAUCCUCAGCAUAUUUAUGGAAGCCCCCAAGUCGCAGUUCCAGCAUGAGCAGUUUAGUGAGCAAUUAUUUGCAGGCGCAAGAAUUUCCCUCCAGCCCUGAUGCAAAUAACUCGUUAAAUGCUGAACACCUUGAGGGCUUUGAAGAGAUGCGUGUAGAACUUGACCAGGCUGAGCUGAAGCAGAGGGAGCUUCAGGAUCGCAUUCACUACCUGGAAAUGGAAAACCAGGAGCUCCAGGCAGCUCUUAGCCUUCAGAAAGAGCAAAUACAGGUAGAAAAGGAGAAGAGCAAUAACUAUAGCGAGGAGAACUCCCGGCUGACAAAAAUUAUCACAGAGUUACAGAAGCAGUGUGAGGUCUCACACUCCACUCAGAGCACUGUUCAUGACCUGCAGAAGUGCCUACAGUCACUGGAACUGAAUGCAGCAGAGCAGCAGAAGGAAUAUUCAACAAAGCUGGAGCAGCUGGUGAACAGCAAGGAAGACUGUACCUCAGAACUGCAGGUAUUGAAUCAGGAGUUGGAGGCCUCUAAGGCUUUGGUUGCUAUGAGGGAUCUUGGCAUCAAUGAGCUCAAAGCCAAGCUGAGUUCCACAGAACAGAAAAACCUCAACCUCCUUGAAAAAUUUGAUGCUGCCUUGGAGGAAAAGGGAUGGCAAGUCACAGACCACUGUGACUCUGCCCUGCAGAUACAGGCACUGUUAGAGAAGCUUCAGGAGACAGAAAAGGAAAAGGCAAAUAUGCAAAGACUCAAUGAUGAACAUGUGUCUCAGCUGAAAGCAGCAAGGGAGGAGCUGCACCUGAAAGAAGAGGCACAGAAGGAACUGCAGUCCAGAUACAAUCGCCUCACUGCUGACUCCAAAGAAGAGAGUGAAAAGCUGCUUGGGAGCCUGGAAACCAUGGCAAAGGAAAUGGAUGCACUUCAGAAGGCCCUGACCCUGAAAGAAAAGGAGAUGACUGAGCUCCAGAGCCAGGGAAUGGGGUCGCUGGCUCAGGUGGGGUCAUUGGAAAAAAACCUUGAGGAAGCAAGGAAAGAAAAGGAGAAACUUGAGGAGGAGUAUGGUAGGAGGGAAGGAACACUGAAACAGGAAGCCCAGUCACAAGCAGAGCAACUUGAACUACAGGAAGGUCGCUUAACUAAGGUGAGUCAGACUGUGUGUAGCCUUGAGGAGCAAAACCGGAAGCUCUUGUCUGAGAAAGAACAUCUGUGCCAGAAGGUCAAGGAGCUGGAGGAGCAGAUGGAGCAGCAAAACUCUGAAGUGAGUGAAAUGGGUGACAAGAGCAGGAAGCUGAAAGCAGAGAAUGAAAAUUUGCAGCAGUCCAAUAAGAAGAUGGAAGGAAAGCUGACAAGUUUGGAAGCUUCUAACGCUUCCCUGGAAGCUGAGGUGGCCAGGCUGAGAGCCUCUGAGAAACAGCUUCAGAGUGAGAUAGAUGAUGCCCUGGUAUCAGUUGAUGAAAAAGAGAAGAAGCUCCGGGGUGAGAACAAACAGCUGAAUGAAGACUUGCAAAAUGCCAGGAGGCAAAGCCAAAUUCUGGAGGAGAAACUAGAGGCUCUGCACUCAGACUAUGAAGAACUAAAGCGAAGAGAAGAGACCACCAAGGAGUCUUGUGCCUCACUUGAAGGACAGCUGAAGAGUGCCAAACAGCAUAGUUUGCUAGUGGAAAAAAGUCUAGGCACCUUGAAGGAAAGCAAUGAGUGUCUACAGUCACAGCUCAGAGAGAAGGAAGUAGAGUUGCGAGGCAUGGAGAGUGUUUGUGAACAACUAAGAGUGGAAGCUGAAAGAUACAGGAAAAAAGCAGAGACUUUUGAGGUAGAAAAGCUCAGUGUUGAAAAGACAUGCCUUCAUCAGACAAAACUUAUUGAAUCCCUCACAUCAGAAGCAGACUCGGUGGAAAAACAACAACUACAGCAGGCAGCUUCUCUGGAGAAGGAGGCAAAAGAGCUGGCUUCCAGACUGACUAUCAGUGAAGAGCAGUUGGAAGUCAACCGAGGUGAAGUGUCCAGGCUGCAAGCAGAAGUCCUCAACCUGCGAAUCAAGCUUCAGCAGACCACUGGUGAGAGAGAGCAGAUGAGAGGUGAGCUGGCAGUCACAGAGACUGUCCUGAGUGAGCAGAAAGUUCUUGUCCAGCAGCUGAAAGAGCAAAUCGAGUCACUCAACAGAAACCAUGUGCAAGAACUGGUGCAAUGUAAAGAAAGAGAAGAAAUGCUGAAAAAAGAACAGGAGACAGCAGCCCAUCAAAAAGCUGAACUGGAAAAUAAUUUGCUAAACCUGAAAGAGGAGCUAUCCAAGGUCAAGCAGUACUUGGAAGCUGCUAGAAUGGAAAAUGAAGAAAACAAAGAUCUCCUCCACAGGACCAACACAGAUAUGGCUGAACUUGGUAUUCAGAUUUGUGCCUUGACCUCUGAAAAGGUGGAUGCAGAAGAGCAGUUAGCCCAGGCCACAGAAAGGCUCAAAGAACUGGAGGAACAGGCAGCAGCGCAAAAGGAGAAGCUGAACCUUGACAUCUCUGAUCUCAGACAGGAGAACAAAGGCCUGCAAGAGAAAUUAGAGGAGGCUCAAAUAUGUGCUGCAGCUGUCCCAAGUCUGCAAUUGCAGCUGGAGUCAGUAAAGAAACAAUCACAGAAUUUCCAAGAGACCAGCCAAGAAGAGCUGUCUGCAGUAAAAUUUCAAAUGAGCACAGAGAUUCUAAAUUAUCAGACAAAAUUCAAGGCUGUCAGUGAAGAGUGUGUGAAAGUAAGAGAGCAACUUGAGGAGCAGAAGCGACAACAGCGUGCUGCUGAGGAAGAGAUUACAGAGUUACAGGCUGCAAACACAAGUUUGUCUAGAAAGCUGGAUGAAGCAAGAGAGCACCUGUCUGAAUCAGAAUCUGCUCGGCUGCAGAAAGAAGAGGAGGUGACAUCUCUGAGAGAACUCUUGGCAAGGAUCCAAAAGGAAGCUGAUGAAGCAAAAGAGAAGGCACUGUAUUACAGUGAGAAGCUCAGCAAGGUGGCAGCAGACAAAGAUAGCAGUGACCAGAAGUUAUUUGCUGAACUGGAUGACCUGACAAGAACAAAGCAGUUCCUUGAAGAACGUUUGAUAGAACUUAUCAGAGAUAAGGAUGCUUUGUGGCAAAAAUCAGAUGCUCUGGAGUUCCAGCAGAAGCUUAGUGCAGAGCAAAGGUGGCAGGGGGACACAGAGGUUAAUCAUUGCCUGGACUGCCAGAGAGAGUUCUCAUGGAUGGUGCGCCGACACCACUGCAGAAUGUGUGGUCGCAUUUUCUGCUACUACUGCUGUAACAACUACAUGGUGACAAAGCCAGGUGGAAAAAAGGAGCGCUGCUGCAGAGCUUGCUUUAGUAAGCCUAGAGUCAUUGUGGACAGUACAGAUGACUCUGGAUCCAGUGCCAACCAGGAAGGAUCACCAGCUUCAUUGGAAUCACCUGUGUCACCACUUGCAAAUGAAGCCUCUAAACCACCAGAUGAUGCAGCAUUUGAUAUAAUCACUGAUGAGGAGCUGUGCCAAGUACAGGAAUCAGACUCUCUCCAUGAUGAAAGUCAAAUGGAGAGAGAUUCUCUGGAUCAAAGUGUGACAGAUCUAAACAGCACGUGCAAUUCUUCAACCUUUGAUGAAUCAGAAGAAUGGCAAGUUGCUCAAGAUGCUGAGAUAUGCUUGUUGAAGUCUGGAGAAAUCAUGGUCAAAUUACCCCUUACAGUGGAAGAGAUCUUAAAUUUUGGGGAAAGCAACAGAGAGCUGUUCAUUAAAUCCAGCACCUACAGUAUCAUUCCUAUCACUGUUACAGAGAUGGGGCUAACUAUUAGCUGGAUCUUUUCAUCAGACCCUAAAAGCAUCUCCUUCAGUGUCGUCUUCCAAGAAUCAGAAGACACACCACUGGAUCAGUGCAAAGUUCUUAUUCCUAUGACCCGCUGCAACUCUCAUAAGGAAACUAUCAGAGGUCAGGUGAAGGUCAGAAACGCUGGGAUCUACACACUGAUAUUUGACAACACAUUCUCCAGGUUUAUCUCAAAAAGAGUGUUUUAUCACUUGACUGUUGAACGACCCGUCAUCUAUGAUGGAAGUGAUUUUCCAUAGCCUUGACUCUACUGUGUUGUUUUUAAUUACAUUUUUAAGAAAUGCUGUUAUUUAUGUACAUGUAAGCAUUAUGGUUACCACUGUGUUUGAAGACUUUGAAACUAUGCAAUAGUUACAAUGCACUUAGAGCACAUGUAUACACUAAAAAAUUGAAGCCUUUUUAGGAACACUAAUGGUUCUGUACUGUGUACAGAUUGCUGAAAAGCCAUGUUGUUUGAUUUAACAGGUCAAAUAAUGUUCCAACCAAAUUAUGCAGUGGGGAGAAAUGUCAUUGUGGGAGUGUCUAAAUGCAAACUGAAAUUCUCCACUGAAAACUUAAUCACUUUUCUUAAAAAAAAAUAAUCCUUCAAAAGGAAACUUAAAGAAAAAUGCAUAUUUUUGUUGAC